AUGGCGGGUGGUAGGAGAUGCUUCAACAAGGCUAUGUCUGAUAUCUUCACGGAUGAAGAAAUGGCUGCUGGAAUGGACAGCGCCAAAGCUGCCAAUUCCUUCAACCACAAGACCUUUUUUGCCAAAGUGGGCCUGAACAGCAAAUCUAAGGAGCAACUGGCAAAAAUGUUUGGAAUCCUUGACUUGGACAAGAGUGGCUUCAUUGAGGUGGAUGAAUUGAGGAGAUUCCUGCAGAAUUUUAAGUCAGGUGCCAGGGAUCUGAAUGAUAGGGAGAUCAAGGAGUUCCUGAAAGCAGGUGACACCGAUGGAGAUGGCAAAAUUGGAGUGGAUGAGUUCAGGGUCCUGCUUGAAACUUAAAGAGAUCAAGAGGAAGACCAAGCUAAUUGUACUGCAAAAAACCCUUUCUUAUCGCAAG